AUGCGAGAAGCAGUCACAGACCACGCCAAAGCGUGCCUCGUAUGCGCGUCAACUAAGGCCGGAAACGGACAGCCUAGGGCUCCGCUCCGACCUCGAGUCCCCACGGAUGCGGCGCACACCUGGAGCUUCGUCGUUCUAGGGCCGUAUCCGGAAACGAGACAAAAGAAUAAAUACGUUAUAAUCGCUGUGGAUAUCUUCAGCAAAUGGGUGGAGGCCAUCGCCGUACCGCGAGUACGCCACCAGGAGAUGCGAGCCUUCGUCCAAGACAUUUGCACGAAAUGGGGGUAUCCACAAGCGUGCAUAACAGACAACGGAGGAGUUUUCCGCGGAGGACAGUGGCUGAGGUACCUGGAGGAGAUGCAGAUCACCCCGUAUUACGCCGCAAUCUACCACCAGCGGGCGAACCCAGUGGAGCGCCGGGUUCAGGAAUUCAAAAAGGUGCUACGAACUAGACGUAACGCAGAUCGUAGGUGGGACGCCUACAUCAACGAAACGCUAUUCGUACUCCGGAAUAGAACCAACGCCUCCACGAGGAUGACGCCCAGCGAGAUCAAGACGGGAGGUUUGCUCAAACGCCCCGGCGAAUGGAUGAUACCCCCGCAGGUCGCGCCACCCGCUCAACGCACGGUACAGGCCCGUAAUGAACGGAUGAGAAGAGCCAGGGACCGCCAGCAGAUUUUUCAGCGGAACCUCUACCCCGAACCCCGAGAAGCACCGCUAGAAUUCGCCGUCGGUGAGGAGGUCAUGACACGUGUCUGGCCAGGGACAGAUCCGCCGAUCCGUUUUGCGCCAAGUGGACAGGACCACACCGCGUCGUGCGUCGAGAGGGAGAGACGACGUAUACCGUCGAAAGGGACGGCGCGCAUGCGCGCAUCCAUCUCGACGAUCUACGUCCGGCACCGCGACGCGUCGCAUAAACGAAAGGCCAAAUUCANUAUAUAUAUAUCUUAA